GACACCAAUAGUGGGGUUGGCAGAGAGGGACGGCGGACAAUGAGUGGAGGCCAUUGAUGGGACUGGCAUAGGGGGGUGGAGGACACUGAGCAGAGGCCAGUGGUGGGGUUGGCAGAGAGGGAAGGUGGACACUGAGUGGAGGCCAGUGAUGGGACUGGCAUAGGGGGGUGGAGGACACUGAAUGGAGGCCAGUGGAGGGAUUGGCAGGGAGGAGUGGAGGAUACCAAAUGGAAGCCAUUGGAGGGAUUGGCAGAGAGGGGUGGAGGACACUGAGUGGAGAGAGGGGUGGAGGACACUGAGCAGAAGC